UUCAGCUUUUUCAAUUUCCAGUCAUUUUCUGUUUUCCAGCUUGAACGAUGGCGGGCACAUCUAGGGCGUGCCUUGUAAAAACUGAAAUGCUGCUAUUAACUUUCCUUUCGUUUUUCGUUUUUAUCAGUAUUCAAGGUGUUCAAGCCAAAGAUUGUGACAUUCCAUUUGUUGUUCGUGGAACAUGGUUUUAUCGAGAAAAUGGUGAAUACCAUACAACAGAAAUCAAUGGGGAUUCAAUGACAGGAAGAGGAAAUUGCCUUUUAUCGCACCACUCUCACCACGUCAACUACACAUUCGUCUUCUAUGAUGAGCAAACAACAUGUUACCAUUGUGUAAAAUUUUUUGUCCGAACAGUCAAUAUUCUUGACAAAAUUGAAUCUGGAUGCAAAACAUUAAGAGACAAAUCUCCAUCUUUAAAUUCCAUAUGUGAUGGCAUUAAUCCUGAUCAGCAACUCAUUUCACUGUUUGCUGAGAACUUUGUACCAGUAAACUGUAGAUCAGGAUUGGAGGGUGUUUGGCAGUUUGCCUAUCAAAAUCGAUUUCGUUUCACCGGAGAAUGUAGCCACCCUGGAAAUGUGAUUCAGUCUUGUCAGACUCCGGGAUCACAAUUUUUAAUUACAAACCAAAAAUUCACUAUAAGCUACCGAAAAUGUGACGGAAUGAGUGAAUCUUUGGAUGGAACUGUCGAGUUUAGUUGCCUCGGAGAUUGGUUCGUUGGCAAGAAUCAUUAUUUUGCCGUCGCUAAUACAAAGGAAUCACGAAAAGAUGAAAAGUUUCGUUGCUUUUUAAAAAAUCGCGACGAUGACGAAUACAUGGGUAAAUCUAUUACACCAGAAUGUAACACUUUAAAGUCCCCCGAAGACAGUCCCGAGCGUUAUCGCAUGACCCCAGUCAAAUCUGAGACUGUAACACCUGGUUGUAAUCUACCUUUAAAUUUCUCUGGGCAUUGGAUCAACACCGCAAAUAUUGAUGCUGAUGUUUAUAUAAACCAAACGCACAUCGUCGAGACGUGGCACCCUGAUAUUGGACGAUCACGCAAAACAGUGUACAUUUGCAAAGAAUCGCGCGAUUCAAGGAUUCUUCUCACUCGUCUUAAUGUCGACGGGUGCCAAAAAGAUUACAUUUGUUACGACAUCGUUCCUCGUCACCACAACAUUAUCCGCUAUCGGAAAGGACUUGCCAUGAUCAAAGAUGACUUCCAUACGGUCUGUUCGUGGACACAGUUUCCUGCGAAGAACGCCUGGAAAUAUGAUUUGUUUUUAGCCAAGGAGCCUGUUCCCAUUCGCUGUCCGGUUGCCGGUAUGUUCCGUUUCCAGCAAAGUGGAGACAUCAAGUUUCAGACCCGAAUUUUAGGUGGAGUCACGGAUUCUCCCCGUCCAGAGAUCCAUUGUAUGGACUCAGUGUCUUCGUUACAAGUGUGUGAUUCCGGACAGAAGGAGAUGGUUAUUGAUGCCGAGUUCUGUCUAUCGACCGACACUUACGGGCGCCCUAUGGAUAUCUACAGUGAUCCCGAUUACAAGCUCAAAUGCAUUGGCUUUUGGAAGGAAAAUCUCCGCUCAUAUCUCAUCACCUACGACGAGUUAGACGCCUUCAGUCGUUACCGAUGCUGGGUAUAUCAGCGGGCUGACUUGACUAAAAUCUACAUGUCCCAGGCGUUAGGUCCUUACUGUCCCCUCAAUCAAGAUGUCACCAGUUGGAAUUAUACAGAAGGAGCUGCUGUUCAUUUAAACAUGGAAGAAUAUGAGAGAGAGCGUGAUCAAUGCCCGAUGAAUUUUGAUGAUGGUGAAAAUCCAUGGAGAACAUCUGAAUCGUAUAUUCAAACGUUCAGUUUCCGAGGCAGUGCAGACAACAUACACAUCUCAAUAACUGCCAUUCUUUUACCCCUAACUUUACUUUUUAUCGUCCAACACUGAAUUUUUCGCAAAAGUGUGAGUGAAUGACCAGCCCUAAUGCAUGUCGCGACUGCUAUUUUUUUCUCUUUUUUUUAAACAUGUAGACCUUGAUAAUGUGCAACACGAAGAACGAGUGAAUUGCAAUUAA